AUGGCUGUGGCAUGGAGCGUUCCACACUUCACGUACGUUGGCAUGGACGUGUCGCUUAAUAACAAGAGAGAGUUUUCUUUGCUCACAAGAAUGUCAUACACGCUAAAUGCAUUUGCCAAGUUCUAUUUGGAGGUGUUUGAUGCGUUCGGCUGGACAGACAUUGCAAACAUCUACGACCCAGAUGAGUAUCUGUCAAAUCUUAUUGGCACCAGUUUUCAGGCUUCGUUCCAAGCACUAGCGAUUCAUAUCCAUUCGUCAGAAAUCCAUCUGCGCCAAAAAACUGAAGACAUUCAAUCCGAGAUCUUGCGAGUAAUUAGAAAAGCCAGCUCUGUUUCGCGAGUGUUCAUCGUUGUGUGUCACGGGGACGUGUUUCGACAGAUGGUUCUGAUGGCAAGCGAGAUAUUGCCGCUUGGCGACUACGUCUUCAUUUUCUUUUUCCAAUUUUCCGGGGAUUUUCCAAUCGGCGAGUACCACUGGGCUAGAGGCGACUUGCUUGAUCAGACGGCGCGGAAGGCGUAUGAGUCCGUGAUGGUUAUUCGGCCCCGUAGGCCUGUUACUGCUGAGUUCGAACACUUUGAGAAGGAAGUUAAGCGCAGAUCCCCGAUAGAGUAUAACUAUACCUGGCAAGACGGACACGAGGUUUCGCUGUUCAAUAUAGCCCAGUAUGACUCCUUCAUACUUUAUGCGCUUGCGCUGAACGAGACUCUCGCUGCUGGCGAGAACCCACGAAACGGACCGAUAGUUGUACGGCGGAUGUGGAAUAGGACAUUCGAAGGCAUUGGUGGCCCAGCGUACGUUAACGCAAAUGGUGACCGGGACACUGACUUCACACUGCUGGAUCUUAAUCCUAACAAUGGGGAAUUUCAGGUUGUUGCCCAGUACCUGGGAUGGACGAACCACUUCGAAUUCAUGUCAGGCGUGAAUAUCCAUUGGCCGGGUCGUGGUGCCACACCGCCUAACCGUCCUAGCUGCGGCUUCAAUGGGGAGCUCUGCGUCGACGCUUCACUGCAGCCCUCAGCUAUAGUAGGUAUCAGCAUCGGUGCUGUAAUCGUCGUGUUCGCAGUGAUUGCUGGGCUGGUUUACAGACGAACGAAAGCAGAAGCGGAAAUAUACAGUCAGUGGUGGCGUGUGCGCAGUGAAGACAUCACCAUGACAACUCAGUCGUCAUUCUUUUCUAGAAGAAGUGAUGGUACUAUGGUGUACAUGCGCAAACCAAAGGUCAAGUCCAUCUCAGUAGAUAGAGCCUUCAUGUUGGAAAUGAAACAAAUGCGUGAUAUCACAUGUCCGAAUCUUACACGUCUAAUUGGUGUGUGUCCGGACACCAACAACGUGUGUAUUCUAACUGAGUAUUGCUCUAGAGGAAACUUACAGGACAUUCUACAGAACGAGUCCAUUCAACUAGACUGGGAUUUCAAACUUUCCCUUAUCAACGACAUCGUUGAGAUGGAUGCAGACGGGCUCAAGGGAAGCGAGACAAACUUUUUCUCAACAACUGAGUCUCCUCCCUUGAAAUGUUAA